GGUUUAAGUGGAUCUUUUAUUUUUGGUACCAAUGGUAUAAAGGAGGAAUUACAUCUCGUGCUGAUUUGCCCAUACACCUCAAAAUGCUUCACACAUGAUAAUAUGUCAGCCUUUAGUAUAUCCCAGAUUUUUUUGAUUAAUUUAAAACUAAAACCAUCAGGUCCUGGGGCCUUCUCAUUCUCACAUUCCCAAACUGCAUUUUUAUUUUUUUUCAAUGGUGAAAGGGGCCUCAAGGGUGUUGCUAACAUCUAAACUCAGUGAACGGAAUCUGGGGUUUACAAGCUUCGGUCUUGAUGACUAUUUCUCCAGGAAUUUUCUAAUGUAGAAGUUAAACACCUCCUUCUUGAUCUCACUUGCCUCCAUAUUCCAUUCACCAUUGAUGAUUGGGCCGUGAAUUCAAUUUUUUUUUCUUUUUAUUGUUUACGCACCCAUGAAAGAAGCGUGUGUUUUCAUCCCCGUCCACUGUCCAUUUUAUUUUUGAUUUCUGUUUGAGAUCGAGAACCACCAUCCUCUCCAAGUCUACAAUUUUCUAGAAGCCCAUACUUCUUUCUUGUAUCUCAUCAUUACUUAGGACCCGGUUCUCUGUAGCUAGAUCAAGCUCCUGAAUUCUUUGUUUUAGAUUUUUCAAUUCCAUGUCCUCCUUUGGGAAUUCCAUGUUUCUCCAUUCCUUGAUUGCAUUUUUUAGGUGUUUUAAUUUUGCCAACAGAUACCUGUCAGGUGUUCCCUACCUAACAAAAGUAGUCCAAGUUUAGGUAACAACUUUAUCAAACCCCUCCCAGUUCAUCCACAAAUUGAAGAACCUAAAAGGGGGUUUCCCAAAAUCAUUGGGAUUUCUUUGUUCUCCGGAUUCACCCAUUACUUCUUUUAGGAUAGGAUUAUCCUGCUCGAUUUCAAAACCGAGCUCUUUUCCUAUUUUCACUGUCUGCUGAGCUUCCAGACCUGAGGAGCAGUCUUCACUUAUUUCAGGCUCAAAUGGGGCAUCUAAUGUUCUGUUUAGGUUUAGGUCAACCGGUGGGGAGAGGUUUGAAUGUUGUUGCACGCCAGUUUGGUCUUCAUAGUUGGUCGGAGCGGUUUGUUCCAUCCUGGAACUGUUAAGGGGAUUGAAGAAAUUGAUGAGAAGAAGGAUAAAUUAUUCGUUUCGCAUCAUCUACGCUUUCUACCGGUUGCUAAACAAAUAUAACAAAAGCACACCACUAGAAGCUUGGUUGGACACACAAUUAUUGCCAUACAAUGAUGAAAACGAGUCUGAAACAUCGAUGCUUUUUGGUCCCGAGUUUCUAUCAUUGAAACUCUAUCAACUUUGCUCCAAUGAGGAUCGUGAAUUAGGAAAAUUAUUGAUAAGGUCCGGAUCUUUAUUUCUAAAAGACCUAGCCACAGCAAAACAUUUUACAGAAGGAAUGUUUGGUUCUGUAAAACGAGCUUUUGUCAUUUGUGAUGAAGAUAUAACAAUCAAAGAAGAGUUUCAACGUUGGAUGAUCGAAAACAAUCCAAUGGUUGAGGUGAAAGAGUUGAAUGGUGUGGAUCAUAUGCCGAUGUUGUGCGACCCGAAGCAACUUUAGUGUUUGCCUCCUCGACAUAGCACAUGAAUAUGCAUAGUCAUGUUGUUCAUUUAUAAAUUAUUUUAUAUGUAUGUGAUUUUGAUUGCAAAUAACGUCUAAUGAUAACGUAUUAUUGCUUUUGUGUGGCAAAGCCAUGUUGAAAUUCAGGAA